AUGGCUGACAGCCCCCCAAAGCUCCUCCCUGCUCCCCUCCCCAGAGUUGAGUUCCUCAAGUCCUCGCACUUCAAAAUUGGCCCUGACCCCCGCCUUCCAAAAGGAUGUAUGAAGACUACUUUUGGUAGUUGGUUCCCUGCCCAUUGGGGCGCCCAUGCAGCGGCCCCCUUCCUGCCAGGCCCCAGCAAGGGGCUCUUCCAUCAGGACCUGGAUAAGAUCCGAGAGAUAACCAGUGAGACACACACAGCCUUUCCUGUCCGUGACACAAACAGCUCCCAACCAAGCAUCAACUUGCCAAUGCAAACCAGCAACCUGAAGAUGCAUGGAGACCCCCGAAUCAAUGUCUUCAAGACCACUUUCCAAGAGAAGUACACCUCCCCAGGACCUGAGGCUUUCAAUCCUUUCACCAAGGAAGCCCGAAGGCAGUUUGAUAAAGACAGCUUCCCCAGUGGAGACAAAGACAAGUUGGGGAUCCCUCUGACUCAUAAUCGCCAGGUCUUCGUGCCCCAGCACCAGAUCCCACAACCCCGAGCUCCUUCCCUGCACCUGGGAGGACCUUCUCACCUGAAGUGGGGAAUGGAGCCUUAUCCAGAUACCUCCUAUCGAGAGGAAUUCCAAGGAAAAUGUAUUUCUCCUAUCCAUCUCUGUGAGAAGCCGAAUUCCCACCUGCAGUUAGGAGACUCCAAAAUUGGCCUGGAAGGAAUCCGUUCAGAGCAGAAGAAUGCCUACACUCCUCAGGGUCUGCCCGAGCACAGGUAUAACAAGAAAGAGGCUGUAGCCCACAUUUUCCAGGUGAACAUUCAGCCUGGGGAUGGCCAUUUCCAUGCCUAUGUCCCAGGUUGCGAGGAUGUGGCUUCUGUGGAUACAUCUGAGCCAGUCUUCAAGCAGCAAACUGUACCCGAUUCAUUAUUACUGAAGGGAGACCAAGACCCUGAAAGAUGCCGGGAAAGAAGCAACUUCACCACAAAUCACCACUCCUUUACCUGGAUGAAGCCUGAAGAAAGUACCAGGGAACCACUCAAUAUACUGAAAAGUCAUGUGAUCUUGGGGGAGAGAAAUCCAAAGUUGGAAGACGUGGUCACCACACACCAGAAGUAUUUCUCAUACCCCGAACCAUCUUCAUCAGGGAUAAUCAAGAGUCAUCGCCUUUUUGAAAGUCAUAUCAAGUUGGGCACCAAUGAAAUGGAUUUCCAGACAACCUCGAGGCAGUUGGGACCUCAUUCAGUCAAGAAGAAUCCAGUGCCUGAGGAGAUAAAGCAGAGGGUUAAAUAUGCCCACAUCCUGCCCCCUCAGCCCAACCAUGAAUUUUCCACCGAAUACAAGGACAGCUACCCAUAUAAAUAUGUUGGCCCGUUGGUCCUGCCAGCCCGCAACUUUCAAGAAAGCAGUUUGCCUCUGGGCUUGCAGAAGCGCUGGUCAGGCAGAGAGGUGGUGAUCCCCUGUUGA